AUGUUCGCUGUAGCACUACUAAGGCACAUUAUCAAGACUUCACGACAGUUGAGAAUGAAUGAGUUAGAAGAUCGACAAUUGCGAAAAACGUUGGUAGUUAUAAUGAUUCUAGACAGCGGUGAUAACUGUACUAGUGCCAAGACCAGAUCUCAACUUGCUAUAGAACGGAAAGAGAACGAGAAGAGGGGAUCUGCCGCAUUUUCUACUCUCCGACCACGUGGGCAGAGCCUCUUGAGAUAUCCUGCUUACCGCGGACAAGACCUCUCUUCACUGGUCGCUAGAGGAGAAAACAAACAUCCGUUAAAGACGACCAAUAAAACAGUACAGAGAUGA